UCGAGCACGUCAGCAUGCUGGUCAUCCUCCUGAACUGCGUCACCCUGGGCAUGUUCCAGCCCUGUGAGGACGUGGAAUGCCAGUCGGAGCGGUGCACCAUCCUGGAGGCAUUUGACGACUUCAUUUUCGCUUUCUUUGCGGUGGAGAUGGUCAUCAAGAUGGUGGCUCUGGGGAUCUUUGGGCAGAAGUGUUACCUUGGAGAUACGUGGAAUCGCCUGGACUUCUUCAUCGUGAUGGCGGGCAUGAUGGAGUAUUCUCUGGACGGACACAACGUGAGCUUGUCUGCGAUCCGCACCGUCCGGGUACUUCGGCCGCUACGAGCCAUUAACAGGGUCCCAAGUAUGCGAAUACUCGUCACCCUGCUGUUAGAUACUCUGCCUAUGUUAGGCAACGUCCUCCUCUUGUGCUUCUUUGUCUUCUUCAUCUUUGGGAUUGUCGGUGUGCAGCUCUGGGCAGGGCUGCUGAGAAACAGGUGUUUCCUAGACAAGAAUUUUGCAAUGACAUACAACCUUACUUUCCUGCAUCCGUACUACCGGACAGACGAAGCAGAGGAGAAUCCAUUCAUCUGCUCAUCGCAUCGUGAAAACGGCAUGCAGAAAUGCUCCAACAUCCCAAACAGGAAGGAGUACAAGGUGGAGUGCACCUUGAGCAUGGACUCCUACACCCCAAGUUUAUACAACCCUGACUUCAGCAGCAGGAACGCCUGCAUAAACUGGAACCAGUAUUACAACGUAUGCAUGGCAGGGGACGUAAACCCACACAAUGGAGCUAUCAAUUUUGAUAAUAUCGGAUAUGCCUGGAUAGCUAUUUUUCAGGUUAUAACCCUGGAAGGAUGGGUUGACAUCAUGUAUUAUGUGAUGGAUGCACAUUCUUUUUACAAUUUUAUAUAUUUUAUAUUGCUUAUAAUAGUUGGUUCCUUCUUCAUGAUUAACUUGUGCCUGGUUGUGAUAGCAACACAGUUUUCUGAAACAAAGCAGCGGGAGAACCAGCUGAUGCAGGAGCAGCGGGCCCGUUAUCUCUCCAACGACAGCACAAUUGCCAGCUUCUCGGAGCCAGGUAGCUGCUACGAGGAGCUGCUCAAGUACAUCUGCCACAUCUUCAGGAAGGUGAAACGGCGGACAAUACGUCUGUACAAUAACUGGCAGAGUAAGCGCCGGAAAAAAGUUAACCCAAACAGCACCACAAAUGGGCAAAGCCACCGAGGCAAAAAGCGCAUCACCUCCAUACACCACCUCAUCCACCAUCACCAUCACCACCACCAUCACCACUAUCACAUCAGCAAUGGGAGCCCUCGGGGGCCACGGUCCAACCCUGAGAUCUGCGACCUGGAACUCAAGGUCAUGAAACCUGGAGGUCAAUUGAUGCUUCCUUCUCCAUCGCCCAACUUGCAGAGCCCUGCUCCUCCUCCAGAUUCGGAGUCUGUGCACAGCAUUUACCAUGCAGACUGUCAUGUUGAAGGACCACAAGUGAACUGUAAGUCUUCCAAUGCCCCUGCAAGCAUUAAGCUGACUGCCGGACUCUCCAACCAUGGCAACAUGAAUUAUCCUACCAUCCUGCCUUCUCCAACUAGCAAAGCCAGUUCUAUUCCGGUUCCCAAAGGAAAGAAGAAUGGCAAUUCACCUGUGGCCGUGGCUAAUAGCCCUGUAAAUCUGGGCGCGGAUUCUUAUGGGAAGCUGCAGCAACUGGUAGGAGAGCAUGGUCUGCGGCGGACGCCCAGCCGGCUGUCGGGGCUGAGCGCAGCCUGCCCGCUGCCCAGCCCGCCGGGCGGCACCCUGACCUGCGAGCUGCAGGACUGUCCCUUCUGUGCCAGCCUCCUGGAGGACCCCGAGUUUGCCUUCAGCGAGUCCGACAGCUGCGACUCCGACAGCAAUGGCGUCUACGAGUUCACCCAGGACCUGCAGCACGGCGACCACAGAGACCAGCUCCAGCAGCAGCGGGGCAGGAGGAGGAAGAAGAAGAAGAAACCCAAGGAGAGGAACAAGGUCACCCGCCUGUGGAAGGCUUUCGGCAGCAAGCUGAAGAGGAUCGUGGAGAGCAAGUAUUUCAACCGGGGGAUUAUGAUAGCCAUUCUCAUCAACACGCUGAGCAUGGGCAUCGAGUACCACGAGCAGCCAGAUGAGUUGACCAACGCCUUGGAGAUCAGUAAUAUCGUCUUCACAAGCAUGUUUGCCCUGGAGAUGCUCCUGAAACUCCUUGCCUUUGGCCUCUUCGGCUACAUCAAGAACCCGUACAACAUCUUUGAUGGGAUCAUAGUUGUCAUCAGUGUCUGGGAGAUCAUCGGCCAGUCGGACGGCGGCCUCUCUGUGCUACGAACUUUUCGGCUGCUCCGGGUGCUGAAACUGGUGCGUUUCAUGCCCGCCCUCCGUCGCCAGCUGGUGGUCCUGAUGAAGACAAUGGACAACGUAGCCACCUUCUGCAUGUUGCUCAUGCUUUUCAUCUUUAUCUUCAGCAUUCUCGGCAUGCAUCUUUUUGGAUGCAAGUUCAGCCUGAAAACCGAUACGGGAGACACAGUUCCAGAUAGAAAGAAUUUUGAUUCCUUACUUUGGGCCAUUGUGACCGUAUUUCAGAUACUGACUCAAGAAGACUGGAAUGUGGUCCUGUACAAUGGGAUGGCAUCUACAUCCUCAUGGGCAGCACUCUACUUUGUGGCCCUGAUGACCUUCGGCAAUUAUGUGCUCUUCAAUCUUCUUGUUGCCAUUCUGGUAGAAGGCUUCCAGGCUGAGGGUGAUGCCAAUAGGUCAGACACAGAUGAGGACAAAACAUCUGCCAACUUCGAUGAUGAUUUUGAGAAGCUUAAAGACCUCCGAGCAACAGAGAUGAAGAUGUACUCACUUGCCGUCACCCCAAAUGGACACCUGGAGGGCAGGGGAAGCAUGCCACCUCCUAUAAUCAUGCGCACUGCUGCCACACCAAUGCCCACUCCAAAGUGUUCCCCGCACAUGGAUUCAGUGCACACUUUUGUGGACUCAAGGAGAGGGAGUAACGCUUCGCUAGACCCCUUGAGCUACGAUCAGAAGUCCUUGUCCAGCCUCCGCAGCUCCCCUUGUGCCAACUGGGGCACCAGCAGCAACUGGGGAAGCCGACGCUCAAGCUGGAAUAGCUUGGGCAGAGCCCCGAGCCUCAAGAAGAAAAACCAGUCAGGAGAAAGAGAGUCCUUGCUCUCCGGGGAGGGGAAAGGCAGCACAGACGAUGACUCUGACGACGCCAAGUCCAGCACGGUCAGCCGGCCCUCGUUGCACCGCCGGGCAGAGUCCCUGGACUGCCGCAGCUCCCUGGACCUGCCUGAGCUGCUCCAGUUGCCCACCAUGCGCCACUCGCUCAGUGUCAGCCCCAUGGCAGUUCUGCCUGCUGAAUACCAAGACUGCAACGGCAAGAUGGUUCACGUCCCCAGCGAGUUCUUCUUGCGUGUCGACGGCCACAAAGAGGAUGCCAUGGACUAUGAGGAUGACAUGGAGGAUAGUUACUGCUACCGAAUUCGUAAAGUCCUGGAGCCCUACAAACCACAGUGGUGCAAGAGUCAUGAAGACUGGUCCCUCUACUUGUUUUCCCCACAGAAUCGGUUCCGAAUGAUGUGCCAGAAGGUCAUUGCCCACAAAAUGUUUGAUCAUGUGGUGCUGGUCUUCAUAUUUCUCAACUGCAUCACUAUAGCACUGGAGCGACCAGACAUAGACCCACACAGCACAGAAAGGAUAUUCCUAAGUGUUUCUAAUUACAUCUUCACUGCAAUCUUCGUGGCUGAAAUGAUGGUUAAGGUGGUAGCUCUUGGCUUUUUCUCUGGGGAGAACACCUAUCUGCAGAGCAGCUGGAAUGUCCUGGAUGGAGUCCUGGUCUUUGUAUCUAUCAUUGACAUUAUUGUCUCCAUGGCAUCGGCAGGCGGAGCUAAGAUCCUGGGUGUCCUUCGCGUUUUGAGGCUUCUGCGGACCUUGAGACCUCUCCGAGUCAUCAGCAGAGCCCCAGGUCUGAAGCUGGUGGUAGAAACCUUGAUCUCCUCCUUGAGGCCUAUUGGGAAUAUUGUUCUCAUCUGCUGUGCUUUCUUCAUUAUCUUUGGGAUUUUAGGGGUCCAGCUUUUUAAAGGCAAGUUCUACUACUGUGAUGGUCCUGAUGUAAAAAACAUCACUACGAAGACUGACUGCACUAACGCACGCUACAAAUGGGUUCGCCGGAAGUACAAUUUUGACAAUUUGGGACAGGCCCUCAUGUCCUUGUUUGUCCUCUCCUCCAAAGAUGGCUGGGUGAACAUCAUGUAUGAUGGUUUGGAUGCCGUGGGUAUUGACCAACAGCCCAUCCAGAACCAUAACCCUUGGAUGCUUCUCUACUUCAUCUCCUUCCUGCUCAUCGUCAGCUUCUUUGUGCUCAACAUGUUUGUGGGAGUGGUGGUGGAGAACUUUCACAAGUGCCGACAACACCAGGAGGCGGAGGAGGCCCGGCGUCGGGAGGAGAAGCGGCUGAGACGCUUGGAGAAAAAGCGCAGGAAAGCCCAACGUAGGCCUUACUAUGCUGACUAUUCACCAGCACGGAAGUACAUUCACACCCUCUGCACCAGCCACUAUCUCGACCUCUUCAUCACAUUCAUCAUUGGGGUCAAUGUCAUCACUAUGUCGAUGGAGCACUACAACCAGCCAAAGUCCCUGGAUGAAGCUCUGAAGUACUGCAACUAUGUGUUCACCAUAGUUUUUGUGUUCGAGGCAGUUCUGAAGUUGGUGGCAUUUGGUUUUCGAAGGUUCUUUAAGGACAGGUGGAAUCAGCUGGAUUUGGCCAUAGUUCUCUUAUCAAUUGUGGGAAUCACGCUGGAGGAAAUUGAGAUGAACGCUGCGCUGCCCAUCAACCCCACAAUAAUACGCAUCAUGCGGGUGCUGAGAAUAGCAAGAGUGCUGAAACUGCUUAAAAUGGCCACCGGGAUGCGAGCUCUCCUGGACACAGUGGUACAAGCACUUCCCCAGGUAGGGAACCUUGGCCUACUUUUUAUGCUCCUGUUUUUUAUCUAUGCUGCCCUGGGAGUGGAAUUGUUUGGCAAGCUAGACUGCAGUGAAGAAAAUCCUUGUGAAGGUCUGAGCCGGCACGCAACUUUCACCAACUUCGGCAUGGCCUUUCUCACCCUCUUCAGGGUGUCAACAGGAGACAACUGGAAUGGUAUCAUGAAGGACACUCUCCGGGAAUGCACUCGGGAAGACAAGCACUGCCUCAGUUACCUGCCUGUUAUCUCUCCUGUCUACUUCGUCACCUUUGUCCUCAUCGCACAGUUCGUCCUAGUCAAUGUAGUGGUGGCAGUGCUGAUGAAGCAUCUGGAGGAGAGCAACAAGGAGGCCAAGGAGGAUGCUGAGAUGGAUGCUGAGAUCGAGUUGGAGAUGUCCAGAGGAGCAACCACCUCGGCCACCAGCGGGAGCAGGGGAGGCGCGGUGGCCCCGGAGAGCAGAGCACCCUACAGAAGUCAGGAGACCAUGAAGUCCGAGUCAGCGGUGCAGGUGAAACACCAAGCCCUGGAGGCGCUGAGCUGUGAGAGUGUGUCUUUAGCCAUCCCAGACUCAGACACGCUGGAGGGGGCAGAGGCUCCCAUGAUGGAAAUCCCGUCCUUCUGCUCUGUAUCCCACCAUGUCCUGACACCUUCCCACAAAACCCCAGGCCACGAGGCUGAGGGCGGCACAGCCUCUCUGAGGCCACAGGACUCUCAAAACCUGCUGACGGUCCGCAAGAUCUCCGUUUCCCGUAUGCACUCCUUGCCCAACGACAGCUACAUGUUCCGGCCAGUGAUGCCAGCGAAAGCCCCUUUCCCCCUCCACGAGGUGGAGAUGGAAACGUAUCCCUGCAAAUCCCAAAGAGGGUCCAUCACUUCCAUCCGCUCCCAGCCCGUGGGAACGUGUUCCUCUCUGAGAGUCCCAACGGAGUCCCUCCAGCUGGCAGUCCGUUCUCCCAACCAUGAAGGCCGCCACCGCUGGAAGAUCCUUCCCCCUCAUGUCACACCUCGAUCUCCUACUCUCAACAAGCUGCUGUGCAGACAGGAGGCCAUUCAAACAGAGUCUGUGGACGGUCAGACUCCGGACCGCAAGGACAGCCUGCAAGCAGAGCCUGGAGAGACGCUACCGUCAGCAAAGCAGCCCCAGAGCACCUUCACCCCCAGCCCGCUCCAUUCCAUGGCCGCCUCCCUCCCGGGCACUCCCCCGUGCUCCCCCCCGUCCUCCCCGCAUCGGCACCCCAGCACACUCACACGGAAGCACACUUGCGGCCAGCACGGCGUCCCCAGCCGGCCGCCCAGCCCUGGCGGCAGCCCUCCCAACCCUGAGGGCAGCCUCUUCGAGUCCUCCGACCUGGCUGACGAGGAGGUCCGUCACAUCAACAGCUCGGCCAAAGACUGGGGAGGGGAGCACUCGGACGCUGGGAGCCGCUCGACUUCGCCGUUCAUCUCCCCGGCCCCGUCUCCGGUGCCCCUCAAGAACUGCAGCACAACCAGCCUCUCCAGGAGCAGCAGCAAGGAGAAGGACUUGAAGAAGUUUUACAGCAUCGAUACGAAGGGCUUCCUCAACAAGCCCAGCUGGGCAGACGACCAAAGGCGACACUCCAUUGAGAUCUGCCCCUCCAUCAGCGAUGGGGACUGUAGCUUUGAGGACCCUGCUGAGGAAAAGCAGCGGUCCCCUGCCCACAUCCAGAUGGAGUCCGAGUACAUCCAUGGAGCCCGGAGGAAGAAGAAGAUGAGCCCGCCCUGCAUUUCUAUAGAUCCUCCCAUGGAGGACGACGGCGGGGCGGCCUCGCGCACCAAACCCUCCGAGAACAGCAUGCUGCGGCGAAGGACCCCAUCCUGCGAGUUCCCGGCUUACAGAGAGUCCCUGGAGCUCGCGGAGAACCAGCCCGGGGAGCCGGCCUCCAAAGCGGAGCGCCGGGGCCAGCCCCCGUGCCGCGGGGAGCACCUGACCAUCCCCAACUUCUCCUUUGAGCAGUUGGACGGCAGCUCCUUGAGCAGCCUCUCGGAUCUCCUGGACAGCGGUCAGUCCAUGCCGGGCUCCGUGGACUCCCGGCCGGACCCCGCCGCCUCCGAACUGAAAAAGCCGGAUCACUUAAAAACUCAAUGGAGCAACGCGGAGAAAAGCAAAGAGCUCCUGGGCAUUGCUAAGAGCCCCCUCCAGAAGCAGGACUUGGUCCCAGUGACUGUUGCAACAGAAGAAGACAUCGAUGACCCAGUAUAGCUUUCUGGGAGGGGGGAGCGGGGGGGUCUCAAGGGCUUGACACCAAUGUGGGUUUCCAAACCGAAGGGACUGAGUGGCCACAGGGACGGGGGUGGCUGCUCGCUGGGGUUUUUUUCCUUUCUCGCAGUCACUUGUUCUUAAGCGCUGUGGAGGUUUGCAGAAAA